CCUCUUCCAUUUGCUCCAUCCUCUGUCGCGACUCCUUUCUUUUCUCCUCCGAGCGGAGAGCCAUAACCCGCGAGCACCUUUCGGAGAAACGCGCUCUGAUCUCUCCCGCCCCGCCUUCUCGUCCCAUUCUGGGAAACCACAGAGAGAGAGAGAGAGAGAGAGAGAGAUUAAUUAGAGCUAACGCAUGGUAACCAUUAGGGUUUAUUUGUUUCAAUCUCUUUUCGUCUAACUCGGUUGUCUGUGUUUGCUUGUUCCCUUUCCCCCCUUUUUUCUGCUUGUAUUCCUGUUGCAGGGAUGAAGGAUCCUUCUAAGUCGAUCAAAAAUACUUCCAAUGACGAUGAUGAUGCCGGGAGAUUGAAACACAAGUCUAAGAAGCGUCGCCGAGAUCGAUCUCUGUCUACCUCUAGUUCCGAUUCAGAUGAUUCGUAUACCAAGAGGAAACGUAGACGAAGGGAGGCAAAGAGAAAGAGGGCUCGAGGCUCUAGCAGUGUUGAUGAUUCUACUCUGCGGAGGAAGGGGAGGAAAAGAUCGAGGAAAUCCGAAGGGGAAUACAGGAAAAAAUCGAGUAAGGUGAAGCAGAAGAGGAGGACGAAGACACGAUCACGUAGAGAUUCAUCCGGUAGUUCUACUAGCGAUUAUUCUUCGAGUGAGAGCUGUUCGACUUGCGGCAGCAGUGAUAAAGAAAGCUGGUACAGGAGGUCAAAGAGGGAAGAAAUAGUUACAAAAGGCGGGUCUAAGAGAGGGAAAAUGAAAAAGAAGGAAUCUUGGAAGGGUAGUGGAAGAGAAGUGGAUAGACAUGGUUCUGUGAGCUCUUCUUCAUGUAGUGAGUGCAGAGCCAAUCGAGCGGAAGUAACAGAGGAUGCCCGUAGAUUGGUCAAAAACGGAAAUGGGGAUCAAGGAACGGACAAUGGAGGGUUUGCGGAAUCCCAAUCUUAUGAAGAUGGUGUGUCUGGGAAAGAUGAUAAGUCUCACGCCAAUCAUGAAGAUGGUGCUGAAGAUGCUGCUGAAAGAAAAUAUAUAGAUGAAAAUGAAAGAUGGGAAAUGGGUGCAGACAAUGAUAUACUUUUUGAUGAUUCAAGUAAUAUAAUGAAGCGUAACCUGGAAAAGGAUCCUGAAAAUGGUAAUUCACCACAUGCUUCAAAUAUUGUACACGAUGGAAGGGGAUCACAAGAUUUUUCCACAAACUGUCAUCAGUAUGAAAUUGGUUCAAACCAUUGUCAAGCUGGUGAUGAGGGCGGUACUUUAAUUAAUACUGGUAGUUCUGAUGACAGUGAUCUGGAAGCAAUAUUAAGGCAGAAGGCGUUGGAAAAUUUGAAAAGGUUCCACGGCAAACAGCAGGGAAAGACACCAACUCUUGUUAAGGGACAUGCUGAUGGUGGUGGCCGCACACUGUUAAUGGCAAAGACUGUUGGUGAGGAAACCGGUAGAACUUCCUCUAUUAACACAGGCAGCACAGCUGAAGGCAUUCCUGAUAGCAUGUUGGGGAGGGGCAACCCUAGUGGGAUUCGAGGAGUUGAAGACUCUGAUCGCAUUGGUGGUAACAUCCUGUCGAAUUAUUCUGAUUCAUCACAGGCUAGAAGCAUUAUGUCUUCCACACGUAUUUCCACAGUCUGUAACAAUGAUGAGAACAAUAUGAAUUCUAAAGUUACUGAAGUGAAGAAAGCUGGAGGAGGAGCCAUUGUCAAUAAGAAUGCUGCAGUUGAACUGAACAGAAGCCAGAAGGUCCCGCAUCAGGCAGCUGUAUCAAAGGGAACUCCUACCACAAUGUCGAGAGAAAGAGAAACAUUACAAAAAGAAUCUAUUAUGAAACCAGCAGCCGCUUCUGUAAGUAGCGUGGUGCAUGAUCUGGAGGCUAAUGGCACUGAUAGAGUUCCUUCUGUUGCCUCACGAGGUUCUGGUUCUGCUAUAAGUAAUUUUGAACAAACUGGGAGCAAAACCAUGACAACGGAGGCCUCACAGUAUGAACAGAAGACCAUGUCUGUCAUGCGGGGUGGAGAAAUGGUGCAGGUGAGCUACAAGGUUUACAUCCCUAAGAAGGCCCCAGCACUGGCAAGGCGGCAGUUACAACGAUAAGCUUCUUGUUAUGCUUUUUUGUAUGGGAGCGUUUGAUUCUAGCUAGUGUAAUCUGAGCCAACUCGCUAGUUGCCAGCUGAGUUUUCGUCGGUACUAGAGAAGAGAAGUCUCUCUUGGAGUUGCUUGUGUAUAAACCCAAGAGAAAUGAACACAUGCUUUGGUGGGGCUUCGUUCAUUUGUUCGCAGUUCGUCAUCCGUGUUCUGUACUUGUGGCUCCCUUGGAGUCAUUCGGGUGCUGCUUUGGCUUGAAGCUCAAUUGCUUUCAUUUGGCGAGGCCGAGCAGUUCAAGAAAGACCUUUUCAGGAGUCGUCCUGCAUCUUUUGAGUUACUAAGCUCUUGGCCUAACCGUGCUGUAAGAAAUGAUGUCCAUACUUUCCGCUUUUCCAUUGUUGCAAGUUAGUGGGAAUGAAUAACGUAGUUUUCUGUUGCUUCUUCAUCUUGAAACUGUUGGAUCAGCUAUUCGAACUUCAAAAGCUCAAACUGUAUAUGUACGGUAAUGCUUCUUCUGUCUGUCUGAUUUUCCAUAGUCCA